AUGGAGGUCAAACUAUCAAACUGUCUAUUUUGUGAUAUCCUGCUGGUGAUCUUGGCCAUAUCAGGUCAGUGCUGUUUGAUACAGAACUCCUAGAGUAUUGGUGAUCACAGUUAAAAUGAUAUCUACUGCCUCUUUUAUUGACUUAAAGAAGUCAUAGAACUCAGCAACUGUUAUGUUUGGUCAGACUGCAUAUUUAUGUGUUUACUGGACAGUAGUUUUUGCGAAAGGACCGAAUUGUAAAUCUUGAUGUCAGAUUGUAAUCUUUUCCUGUUUUUCAGAGUUACGAGUUGAUAAAAAGGGACCAGUAGAAAGACUCUUGCGGUAUCAGUACUCAUACCUUCAGGAUUUGUCACUCAACAUGAAAAUCCAGAACAGCCAGUUUGAUUGCUGCUCUGUUUAGCCAACAGUGAGUCCUGCGUAGUCAUGAAACUCAAUCAUGAGGUAUCUUCAUACACAGAUAUCUGUUAUUCCUUUUUAAAAUUAGAGUUCUCUCACAAAACUUAAAUUGAACUUGUGAAAAAAAGUUCAAAGACAGUUUGAAAAUAAAAGCUGAAGUGUAACAUUUUCUCUUAGUUAGAUAGUUAUUGAAACUGUCUCCACCUUGACUUGACUACUUCCUCCUAAAGAAUCUGUGAUAAUAAAUCAACAUUAUGAAAUACGGAAGCAACAACUCACAAAAGAUUUGUACUUUUCUAAUGACAAUACACACUGGAGGAUUAAUGCAUAUUAUAGAGUACUUUUGUUCUUAACUUUAACUUGUAUAUAUUUUGUACCCUUUUUUGUUGUACAUUUUCAUUCUAUUUCUGUUUCUCUCUUCUUUUCUUUUUACCUCUAUUGCACGGGAAAUGGAGAAAAUCUCCAAUGUCAUUGUAAUCCAGUUUAAUGACAAUAAAGGGCAUUCAGAUUCUGAUUCCGAUUCUGCAGAAUUCACACUUUUUUCUUAAAUGAGGGACUGUUUUCCCAUCGUUAUAUUCCCAUGAUUCAUAAAACAUAAUCAGUCACUGUUUAGGUCUCCAGAAAGAUGCGCACCUUUUUCACAUUCUUGUUGAGAGACAGACAUUAAGAUUGUUACAGCUGGAUUUCUGACAUUAACAGGACAAGUGAAUAAGCUAUACAAGUUCUUCAUUCCUUCUUUACGUUGCCCUCAGGCUUGAACUGGCAAAAACAUAGUCUUAACAAUAUUAUGUUGUUAUAAGAGAUGCUUGACAGUGUCUCAGAAAGGAUCACUGCAUUGAUGGACUCAUAGAUAAGGAGGCUUUUCUGGAUUUCUAUUAAGCUCUUUUUCAAAUAACAUGACUAAGAUGGCAAAAUUGACAUAUGUGAGUAUGAGAUCACCUCAAUAUUCUUGUACACUUUAACACAACCCAUGUUCAAGCUUCUGUGAGAAACUUUCGGUUUGCGUCAAUGUUGGUGGUCAAAGCAGUCUUUUCUUAUCUUAUCUUCUACAUGCAAAAGGAAUAUCCUCUGACAAAAAUCUCAUUCUGCUGAUUUUUGAUUGUCAAAAACAUCAUUCAUUGUGCAUAUUUGAUGUGAACUUUCUAUGGACAGUCCCUUUCUGUAACUACUUGGUUGACAUCUACCCCCCUGUAGAGGUUUCAGGCAUCAAAAAUUGCGAUACACCAUCAAUCAUUCUUCUGAUGGUCUUUUUUGAUUAUUCUUGAAGACAACGGUGAGAAUUUCAGUCUAUUUCUUAGAUGUAAAUGAUAAAACUCUUCACAGGAGCUUUGAUAACAAAGUUAAAAGUAAGUAUUCUUUAAAAUGUUGUUGUAAAUGAUGUGAAAUCUUUCACCCUUGCUGUUUUACUUAGCAGCUGGCUAACCCAGUAUGACAUGGCAAAAGAAAGCAGCAAGCCUGACUUUCAAAAGUCUGUCUUAUUUUUGAAGCUGUAUGAAAUACACAUCAAAAUAAUUGUUCAGAACAGUUCACUAUUUUCCAGGUAUCAGAAAGUCUAAAUAUAAUCAGAUUUUUUUCAGACCUUUAAUUAAAGUUCAUGUAAGGAAUUCCUGAGGUUACAGUUUCACAGUCAAAGUACAGUGGUGUUCUUAGUGUGAUGUGAUUCAACAAUCAAAGGAUCCUUGCCAACAGGAAGACAUGAUGAUCCGAUCCAUGUUUGGAGAGAUUCUCGGAACUGUUUAGAGAUUAAUUGUGAUGUUUUUUUCUCCUUUUGUCUCUCCCACAGGGAACAACGCUCAAUUAGAUGGUGAGUUGUGUUCUCAUUCUCUGAUUCACUCAUUUUUAUUAUUAUUAUUAUUUUUUUGUUGUUGUUGUCUGUUUUGGUCUAACUGUGUUAAAGUUUGAAUAGGCUUCUAAACUGACCUUAAAACCCUUUGAUAUUUACAAAGUUAAAGUGCAUUAAAUCCAAAUAUCCUACCACAUUUCAGCCCUUGUUCCUUGAAACAAGGGAUGAAACGCACCUGCGACCGGACACACCAAAGGAACUAGAAAUAGCUUCAGUGGGGUUCCUCUAAACAUAAGUUAAGGUAACUCUAGACAGAGGCUCAAUUGUUGCCAGUAACUUGGAGAACAUAAAAACAAAUGCUGAAGGAAGGUCUCCUUUGAGAUUCUUAACAGUUUGGCAAAUGUUAUCAUACCUUACUGAUUACUUCAAAAGAGUAUCUCAGAAUAUGUUUAUCAAAAUAGGGUGACCAUACGUCCUCUUUAACCCAGACAUGUCCUCUUUUUGGGGAGCUGUCAGGCCUUGUCCGGCUUUGUCCUGGGGAGUUUAUAAAAUCCUUCAAAUGUCUGGGGAUUUGUAUGGAAGUUUUGAGUUUGUGUCGCGUGGACUUACUGAGUUAGAAGCACAUAAAAAACACUCGACUCAACCUGAAAUUUUUUUAAAAUUAACUACGUGUGACUCCACCCCCGCAUGGUUGUGUCUUCUUUUUGAGAAUUCAGAAUAUGGUCAUCCUAAUUAAAACAUGUGCUAAAAAUACCUAAUAACAGACACCAAAGAAUUGUUGAAAAUGUUUUUUUGUUGAGACAUCCUCUCUAGGGCACCUUCAAACAAACCCUAAAGAACAGAGUCUGCCAGUGUAUGUUGAGACACAUGCUAGAGGAUACCAAAAACAAACACCAAAAAGACCUAAGUGUGUGUUGUAAAAUAUGCUUUAAGGCUUUAAAAACAACUACGUAAGAAAGCUUAAAAACAGAUCCUCUGGUGUAUUUUGAGUAAUUUGCUAAAGGGUACAUAAAAAUAAAAAAUAAAACACUUUCGGAUACCUUGACACAAAUUCUGAAGAAACUCCAGGUGUCAUCAGGUGCGUUAAGACAAAAAUAUGCAUAAGGGUCACUAGGAUGGCUGAGAAGGUCAUUGGGUGCUCUCUGCACACACUGGAGGACCUUCACAGCUCUUACUGCCUCAGGAGAACCACCAACAUCAUUAAGGACUCAUCCCACCCGGGCCGCCCUCUGUCCGAGCCACUGCCGUCAGGCAGACAGUACAGGGCCAUCAAAGACAAAAAGACUGCAAAACAGCUUUUUCCCAAACUCUGUCCAUUCCAUUAAGGCCUCUAUGAGAGCUAGAUGAUGUGUUGCCUAUGUAUUUAUGAUUGCAGUUUUAAUUCUUUUACUAGUUUUAACUCUGCACUGGUUUUAUUAUUUUACUGUCUAAUGUUUUAUUGUCCCUUUUUUUAGUGCACUGACUGUAAAGGCACUUUUUAAUUUCGGUGUGUUUGUCACAAUGACAAUAAAUUCUAUUCUAUUCUGUUUUUUGGAACAUUCACCUGAUUCCUUGGCGAGACCCUGAGGGUACUCUAAAUGAGCUGCUAAGGGACACCAUUUGUUGUUAAUACUCAAUCUACUCUCUUCUUCAGUUUGUGGCGUUGCACCACUGAACACCAGGAUCGUUGGAGGGGACGAUGCCCCUGCAGGGGCGUGGCCCUGGCAAGCCAGUCUGCACAGAGAUGGCUCUCAUUUCUGUGGAGGAUCUCUGAUCAACAAGCGCUGGGUCUUGACUGCAGCUCAUUGUGUCCCUCAGUGAGUUCUGACGUUGUCACAUGACUCAGCACUUCAUCUGUUUAAACACACUAGGCUUAAGUCAACAAAAGAGAAUGUAAUGAAGGUGUGGCAUCAAAUCCCAAACCACCCAUCAUUGUUUUUCUCAUUAUAUAACCAGUAAUGGUCAGUUACCACAAUAUAUAAAACACCUGCACAACGAGAACAUUGACCUGACUGUCAAAAAAAACAGAAAAGGUUCCAAUAAUUAAACCAAAGUAGGUCAAACAUCUCUGCCACCACAGAGGCAUGAACACAAACAUGAGCCUCAUCAAGGCUUCAUCUCUGACUGGCUGGGCACAUAAUGCUUCUGUAGACAUUAUUUUCUAAUAAGACAGACUUGACCACACUACUGUGACUCUGUAACAAAAGACUGUUGAGAUGGAUUUAGAAAAAUGUUGGUCUACUUCAUAAACUUCAAAAACCUCGUCCCUGGAGCUUUUCAUCCAGUUUUAGUCCCGACUUUUGUGUUUUAGUUUCACCCUGAUCUGAACAUGUUAUGAUCAAUGUUAGACUGCAUUUGUUUUCUUUUGCUGGCUGGGGGCUAGGCCAUGAGGGUAUCUAUUUCAUCAGUUUAAAUCCACUGUUUCUCUUCUGAGGCCUGCUUCUCUAUGAGGACCCAGGCAGAUUUCAGGUCUGAUGAGAUUAAUAAUAUCUCUGUCCCAUUGUGGAUGAGGAAAACAAGCUCAACUGGCUCUGUCAGAUUCCUUUUUAGUUUUAAGGCUCAGCUGAAAGAAAGGACAGCUGCCUUUCCUGAACCAACGCUGUACUUUUACAUCUGAUUGUUUAAAGGUAGCAGGGUGAGAUUUUUGGGGGUUAAAAUAAAACCGACACAUGCAAAAGACAAGACCAAUAGAAAGGAGCCUUUUUCUUCACAGUGAUCCUUGAAAUCAACAAAUACUGAAAGAUCCUUAUAAGACUAUUUAGUACAAUAACUAAAAUGUAUGAAAACACCACAAGAAUAUUUUAAUGUUCAUUACACCUUCUCUGAUCAAUCACAAAGGUCAAACACAAUUGGUCUUGUGGUCUAUCUUGGACGACAAACCCAGCAGUUCUUAAACUUCAAUGAAGUGUCCCGAACUGUGAGCAGGAUCAUCAACCACCCAGACUAUGAAGACACCCCAAACAACAAUGACAUCUCCCUGCUGGAGCUUUCCUCUGAUGUUACAUUCACUGACUACAUCAAACCGGUGUGUCUUGCUAAGAGUGGUAGUGUGUUCAGUGCUGGAACCACCUGUUGGGUCACUGGAUGGGGGACCAUCAGAGUUGACGGUGAGGAUUUUUUAGAGCCAACUACUCUUGAGUCUUUAUUAAAUAACUAAACCAAGACCUCAACAUUUCUGUCCCUUUGCAGUCGCUCUUGGUUUUCCACAGACACUGCAGGAGGUGAGCGUUCCCAUUGUGUCCAACAGUCAGUGUAGCCUGUCCUACAGCACUCUGACCAACAACAUGAUUUGUGCAGGUCUGGAGGAGGGAGGAAAGGAUUCUUGCCAGGUAAGUCUGUCUGCAAAAUAUCCUCAUCCAUCCUCUCAUACCAUCUAUCAGUAGUUGGGUGUUCGUGUGUGUGUCAUAUUUGCAGUUAAAGUACUGGGCAAGCCUGGGAAUGAAUUGAACACAGUCUCUGAGGUGAUAGUAACUAAGACAGUUAGCUUGCUAGCUCUAACCUAACUUUGUGCUGUCCUUGUGUUGGUAACUUUUUGUUUGCUAAAGCUGUAUUAUUUAGUGACUGGAAUCAUAUUAGCUUUGAAAGUAAUACAGUAAGCUAUCCAACAUAUCUACAUACGACAUUUACGAGCAAAAAUGUGAGCAAGCUCUGGUUGGCCAGCUAGCUAUUGGAACAAAACUAGAAAUGUGCAACAGCACCAAUGCAACGACAGACAGUGGAAAAAGAGUUAUAGACAAACAAUUCAAAAGGGUCCUUUAUGUACCCUUAUCAGCGACCUAAAAGAGCAUCUUACUAUUUUAGCUAGCUAGCAUCUUAUACAGGCUAUCAGGCUAGUCAGCAUUAUACAGCAUCAGCAGUCUAAGAGAGCUCACUGAGAAGGUGUUCGCCUUGGCUUCCCCUGAAUUUGCUUUCUUUCUUACUUUGCCAGAUGGGCAAAAAGUGUUUAAGAUUUCUGUGGAACUGAUGGCAAAUAGCUUUUCUAGACUGACCUUUACUAAAUGGCCUUAAAUUUGGUAUUUUUCUCCAUGAGGCCUCUACCUGAAAAUCAAUCAACAGGCUGCCACAGAGAAAGGUCUAUCUCUAUCCAGAAUUUAGUCUGUCCAAACACGGCAGUCCAUGGAGUUAUUAUGGUUGUCAUCAGCGAGAACUAUAUGACAGGAUGUAUUUAUUGUAUUUUAUUAUUACAGUUGUAAAUUUAAAAUGCUUUAGAUUGUUUCAUAUUAUAUCCAUCAUGUGUGACCUCUUGCAGGGGGAUUCGGGGGGCCCACUGGUGUGUAAAAGUGGUUCUGUAUGGGUGGAAGGUGGGGUGGUAAGUUUCGGACGAGGCUGUGCUUUACCUGACUUCCCUGGAGUCUACGCUCGAGUAUCCAACUACGAGUCUUGGAUUAACAGCCAUAUCACCAGUGACCAGCCCGGCUUUGUGAGUUUCACCUCGGACGGUUCAGCUGCUUCAACCUCUGGAACAGCUCAUCUGGUCUCCUUUUCAGUUCCUCUGCUGCUCUCCUUGUUACCUGUUCUGUUCUCUCUCUUCCUCCUUUCCUAGCAACAGACAUUCACACACACACACACACACACACACACACACACACACACACACACACACACACACACACACACACACACACACACACACACACACACACACACACACACAAAAUAUGCUGUAGCCCAAAGAAGAAAAAGUGUUUCUUUGAUUCAGUUUGUUAGACAAACUAUCCAGGUAGUGACUUUUGAUGAUUUCAGUCAAUACAAGUAAAUUUAAUUUACCCAACCCCUGCAUCACAUCAAAUCCAUAUUCAAAAGUAAAGGGUUUUAUUGAAAUAAUGUUACUUAUCUUACUUAUCCUCCUUUAAUAGACUUUAAAUUCAACUUUCAAUAAAGCUGGACACUAAAAAGCGGGUAGACUUAAAAAAUUGAAUUCAUACAACAAACCAGAUCAAAUCAGUUUAAGUAACUUGACAAACAGGAACCCCCAAACUGCUGCAGACAAAAAAGUUAUGUGAAUUGAUCUUUUAGGCUCUGAUUUUGUGUCCGUGUUUUUGUAAUCUGAUAAUAGCCACACGAAAAUCAGUUUAGAUUUAUGUCAAAGUAUGAGUUAAAUAAUGUUCGAAACAUUCAGUUUGUCAUCUUUGCCUGAUGAUUAUUUUUGACUGCAGUUGCAUUCAAAUUCAUACUGGAACAAAGAAAAAGACAGUGUGUUUUUGAAAACAAAUCCAGGUUUAAAAGCUAAAUCAACAUGUUUUCUUCCUGACCUAAAUAAUGGAAUAUUUGCACUGAAUGUGUAUUGAUUUUACUUCUUGGUGUAUGUGCUGUGGCAGGAGUAAUGGUGUUUAUAUGGACUUUAUCUAUUCUGUUACCACUAAUAAUUUGCUGUAUUAUGUACUGUAAACUGCACUGUCUUGGAUUUUAUUGUAAUGACCAACUGUGACUUACUCUGAGCAUGGGAAAUAUGAAGCAUAAACUAUAUUUUUAAUUAAAAAUAUGUACACCAAACAUUUGAAACUCCAGUGAAUGUUUUGUACCUCAGCGUGGUGCCAUUGUUGAGUAGCCUGUCUGGAUUCCACUCAGCAGGUUGCAGAGUUGGACUUUUUAUUUUAUCUUUAUUGUAUUGAACUAAAACAAGAAAAAAAAAAAAAAAAUAUAUAUAUAUAUAUAUAUAUAUAUAUAUAUAUAUAUAUAUAUAUAUGUAAGACAAAAAAAAAUCAAUCGUUACCUUAAGACAAUAUAUAUAUAUAUAUUAUUGUCUUAAGGUAACGAUUGAUUUUUUUUUUUUUAAUGAGAAAACACCUCUGUUUUUAUCUUGCAAUUAUGAGAUAAACAGGUUGAAGAAGAAAAAGAGUACACAAAUGCAGCCAAUCAACAAAAAUGAAGUUAAUACAAUGUAUGGAUACAUGUUUGCUCAGGGCGCCUGUAGAGAGUAGAUGCUCUUAUAGUUCCUGCAUAUGGAUACUGCAUCAUAACACUAGAACACUAGCCCUUUCAUGCAUGAAUUAUGAGAUCUUCAGAUAAGAUUUUUUCCUAUGUGUUUUUAUUCUUCUUUGGGCAUAUAAAAAAUGAUGCAAUUGAAAUUUUUUCCACCGUGUGUUUGACAAACAAUUUGACAAACAAAUGCCAGCAAAUGAUACUCUGUGAAAACUGUGAAGUAAAAACCUAUUCAAUGCAACCAGUUUUGUCUUCUUAGAUUUUAACAUAUUCUAACACAUACUUAAAGCAAUGCAAAAAUGUUGAACUUAGCUCUGAACAAAUAAACUGCAGAUUUCUUAAGAUGUUAUGCAAAAAGACCAAAAAAAUAUUGUUCAUAGCCUUCCAAACACUCUCUGAGAAAGCAAUACAGUCUUCAAUAUUUCUGCUUUUCUACUGCCUCUGUUCAGUCUGACUCUAACUUCAAAGAUAUGGUAAAACAGACAGGGCUCAAACCAGAAAACAUGUAUGCAUCAAUUAAGUUUUUUUGCUUCAGUAAAAUUUUCCCUUGACCCUUCACUCACCUACAAACUGAGGCAGGUCACCCUGAAACUGGUUAUCUUUGGUUUUCCAAACAUUUCUGAUUUUUCUCUGUCCCUGAGCUUUGUCUGGUGGGACAUCCCAAGCUCCCUCAGCAUCUUCAACAACCGAACCUCUCACAGCUUCUUCUCCACUCUCAGAUUCACUGCUGCUGUUAUCAUCAAUUGAUCCUGAGCCUUACUUUUCUCACAGCUGUUCAUCGUCACUGUCUCUAGCAUCAUCUUCACUUGACUCAGAUGGUAUAUGCUCAACUAUUCUGCCAGCCUUCCUAUCACAUGCUUCAUUUAAGCUCAACAAACUAUCAAGACACUUAUUGUAGUAGACUUUAUGGAGAUAGUAUGCAAAUAUUAUUGGUUUUGUUAAAUAAAAAAACAUUUUACUACAUUCUGUCAACAAAUAUAAAUUGUUUUACACUCAAAAAUAUCAUUGGAGAUCAAAUUUAUCAAGAAAAGCAAAGUAGCAGUACUGAUCUGAAUUGCAUUCAAAUUAUUGCCUGUGAUGCAUGCCGUCCAAUUCAGUGGACACAUUUUGAAGUACAGAUUUCUCACAGUAUAAAAUAAAUAUCCAGAAACUUUAACAAUAAUAUUGAGUCUUAGAUGUUACUGAAUGCAAGCAUAUUUUUUUACCUUCAGUGCUGCCCUGCAAUAGAAGGAUUACACAUAAUUCCUAAGGCGCUUGGCCUUUCUGACUCACUGUCGGCUAUCUUGAUUUUUAGUUUAAAAAACUGGCCAGUUGGUGGCAAUGUGCAGUGUUAUGCACAAGUGUCCACUGUGUUGGUUGAUAUGCAUCUACAACCACAAAAUCCAUGCAUAUACUAAAGAGCACCUUUUGAAUAGCUGUCUACUGCAGUGACCACUAUGCACGAAAGGGCUAGAAACACUAGAUGUCAUGAAAAAUGCAAUGCACAUGUGGCAGGCAGCACCUUGCUGCUGUUGAAUGCAGCUCUCCCUCCUCCUCUAACCCCUCCCUUCCCCUAUUGUGGCAGGCAGCACCUUGCUGCUGUUGAAUGCAGCUCUCCCUCCUCCUCUAACCCCUCCCUUCCCCUAAUCAGGUCAGCUGAAUAAAAGGCAGCAGCUCACCUACAGUCGGCCUUCUGCUCUGCUUGGAGUGCUGGUGAGCAGGGUGGCUGGUAACUUUUAAUCUUUAGAGUUUUAUGAUUGCUUUCAACAGCAUGUCCUUUUUGUUUGUAGGUUGUAGACCUGCUGCUGUUUUGUUGCCCCCAUUAACUGUUGUUAUUUUUGCCUGUUUACUUUGGUUGUUUCUGCCCUUUUGAUUGGUUUCCCCCCUUACUUGGUUUGUUUCUAACUCUAAGUUUGGUUGUUUUACCCAGUUACUCCCCCAUUAGUUGCAUUCUGUUCUUCGUUACACUUAGUUGCUUUUCUCCUUAGAGAUUCUAGUUUUACCAACUGGGUUCGCUGUUGCUGGUUUGUCUGUUUCUUUGGUUAAUCCUUUUAUUUUAUUUCAGAAGUUGAGCCCACUAGUUUGGGAGGCUAGGCACCCCGGAUGAGGGCCCUCCACCUUUGCAUGAGUUUGACACGGGGUCACAAGACUACACCAAUUUGUUUCUUUUUUGAAGGUUUGAAGUGUGUGUGCUGUGCUUCACUUAGUGAGUAUAAGGGAGCAUUCCCCUGCACUUUCCCUCUGUAGUCUACCUCCCUUCUGGUGGCCUCAGCUUAUUUUAAGUUAACUUAGUUUGGGUUUCUUUGAUUUAGUUUAAGUUGGGUUUAUUGUGCAAUUUCCUUGUUUUAAAUUAUUAUAGAAAUUAACUUUCUUGACCCUUAUCUGUGUUUUGUUAUGUUGUUUUUAACUUUAUCCCUUUCUUUCCCUCCAAGGUUAAAUUUCUGUUAUAUUUAAGUUUAAUGUCAUUUUGGAUCUAAUAAACAUUUUGAAAUAUUUUGAACUCUGUCUCUGCCUCUUUCAGAACUUACCUGUGUUGCCUUAUUCUUAUUUUAGCUUCCUGUUAUGAUUUUAGUCUGAAAGUACAGUUUCCUGAGGUGCAAGUCCCCAGGUGGCGUUGCUGGUUGGAGACAAUAUCAUCUAAUUGUGAACAAAAUAGCACCCCUUGCCACACGCAGUAUGUUGAUCUAAGACAAUGUACCUACACUGGCUGGUAAUCUUGCUUCAGAAAUGGUCAGUUUGGGAAAAAAGAAUACUAAAAAAGUUGGAAAGAUUCCUGUGAGGAGCUUUGCCUUUUUCUCGUCACACCACAGUUCAGCCGAGAGUGCCGCAAAACUAUUAAGGAAACAUAAACCAGCUGAAAAUCCCUUCAAAAGUACAGUUUUUAAUCCACCAGUAAGAUUUUAGAUUAAAAGCUCCCUUUCUUACGCAUGGGUGAAGGGACCGUAUCCUUUUAAGGAGAAAAAGCUUCUUUGAUGUAAAGAUUCUCUAAUCUCCAGUUUUUACUGUCAAAAACUCCUUACAAUAAAAUCAUUAGGCUGUACAUACUCUCUUUUUCACUUUCUCCAAACCGGUAUUUACUAAAAUGAGUGUCACUUUCUCACCUAUUCUGCUUACCUAAGACACAUGGGGGUGAAAAUGAUGGCCUCCUAUGGGAGGAAACCUGCCCAUACAUACAUUAAAAAAGGUCAAAUUUUGUCAACAAAAACAAAUAUAUUUUAGCAUUUAUGUUAUUUUCUUUAAGUUGAAUAUACUUUUGACUGUCAGAUUCAUUUCCACCACGUCUUGCAUACUUGCCAACUUUCCCGAUUCACGGAAACUCCCGAUUUUUAACCGUAUCUCCCGCGAUGCUUCCGGGCCUUAAUUUUUCCGCUAAUCUCCCCAUUUUUACAGUGACGGAAACAAAUAAGAUUGUGGCGGACAUUUGUCGCAGUAACAGACAAACCUGGCCUGCCUGCACAUACAAGACAUGCCGGUGACGUGACCCAGUUACUCGCUCGAGACAGCGAUAUGACAAAUACCUUUAUAAUGACAGUAAUAUAAUUGUAGGGGAGAGUGGGGUAAAAUGAGCCAUUUUUCAUACUCCGGAUCACUACAUCUAAUAAUAAUAAUGCAUCAGAUUUCAUAUAGCGCUUUAUCAGAGACCCUCAAAAAGCUUUACAUUGGAUACAUCAUUCAUUCGCUCACACAGUCACACUUUGGUGGUGGUGGAAACGUGGCUGCCAUUCUGCGUCUACGACCACUACCACACAACACUCACAAUCAUACACCAGUGGAGGACACACACUGGGAGCAAGGUGGGUUAAGUGUCUUGCCCAAGGACACAACGGACAGACUUGGAUUAGGGGGGAAUCGAACCGCCAACCUUCUGGUUAUUGGACGACCGCUCUACCUCCUGAGCUACUGCCGCCCCAUCUACGCAUUCAUACACAGGGGUGGCUCAAUUUACCCUUUCGCUCAAUUUACCCCUCUCCCCUAAUAAGAGGUAACUCACUGGUGGUUUCUAUCUUCCGCUCAGUUCAGCAGUCAAACUAGAUGGAUAGAGAAAUAAUUCCUGUGCAUUAUCCAGGACUUGUUUACCUGCUAGAUUUUUGCCUCGUUGAUAUAAUAUGUAUCACUAGUUUCCUGAUGUAUUAAUGCUAUUAUGCUAUAAUGUGUUCAUUGUUUAAUUACACGCCCCAUUAGCAGCACAACUUUGUGGAAUUCGAAGUACAAGAUCAAUUUUCUUCAUGGCAACAGUCAUUAAAUCCUUUCGAUCAGGGGUUCUCAACUUUUGCAAGCUACCCCCGCCCCCGGUGCAUUACUAAACUGGAGCUGGAUGACUGAUAAUGCUGACUGUUUCGGACACUAGAGUGAAGGUGAGGAAUAUUUCCUUAAUGUUUGAGCAGUUCUAUCUCUGCUCGGAUGUUUGGUGGACUGAUGCUGCGUUCGAGUUACCUCGGAAGUCAGAAGUCGGAGCUGAAAAUGACGUCACAUCUGAGUUACCAAGUCAGAAAAAAGCAAAAUCGGAGGCCUUAAAAAUGGUAGCUACAUACGAAAGUAUGUACCUAAUUUUCAGUUAUUAAUAACUUUCGUAGAUAUAGCCAUCUUCAAUAGCCAGUGGGUAACGCUUCACAGAAGGUUUUCAUCGUUCCCACUAAACAUGAAUGCAGCACAUAGUCAGAGUAGUGUGUUGUUUUCUGAUUGGACCUUUUACAGGAAAGGGGAAGGCAGCUCAUGGGCUGGAAUAAUGUAACGUAUCUUUCUUAAAUUGGCUGUAUGUUCACCUUACUUAAGCUUGAUUUAAACCUCAAUAAGUGGAGUUUUGAAUGGACUAUCAACAGAUUGUAUUAAACUCACAUACAUUGUUACUACUGUCAUGUUUGAUCGCGGUGGAGGGAGAGCAGCUGACAGAGGAAGGAGGCGGCUGGUGAGUCUAUACAGAGUGUGAGCUUGUUUUUAUUCAGAUCUUUAAAACUCGAGAUUAAACUGCAUUGGAAACUGCCAAUUCCCUUUUGAUUGUUGCUUCAGUAUUUUCACACGAAUAAAAUGAAUAACCAAGUGCUGAAACAUUUGAAAUAACCAUGAAAGAAUAGCAAAUUUAAAUGAUGUUUUUAAUCGAAUUUAGAGCAAUUAUAAUCAGGCCUCACCUGGUUUCUCAUGUUAAUAUCUUUCCCUGUUUAGGUCAUUCACUUCAGACUUCAACUUACAGGAUGAAGGUCCCUGUAAUAUUGAGGUGUUGGACAGCUCUUCAGUCUCAUACCAACAGUUUAUUAAAAGGUAUGUUCUGGUGCUCAAAAACCUUCACUCUUCACCCUCAAUAACAAUGACACAAUCAUCUCAUCCUAUAGUGAUGCAGAGGUAUCUGCUGUAGGGGAGACAAGGGAUAAUUGUGACACUUUUUGCUUUGCUUUUGCUUUUGCUAACUCAGUGAAUCACAAUCCCUGGGCUCCCCUACAUUUUAUAAUCAAUGUGGUUUAAUUAAAAAAUGCAUCGGUCUGAUGCCAGGUACUCUUGUAGUGACAUCCGAAUGAUGAUAAUAAUUUUUCCCCUGGAGAUUGGACUCAUCUCGUAAUGGGGUCCUAGACUCUUUGUAUAUAGACUUAAAUCGAGGUGGACUUCUUACAGCAAAGAUUGAGGCACUCCCUUUUUAUCAUUAUAGGCCAAGCUUAGUGACUUAAACCUGCUGAACCAAUAUUUCUUUUCCAAGAUAUGCCUACAGCAGGCCGGUGAUCCUGAGAGGCUUGACUGAUAACAGGGUAUGUGUCUUGCAUUCUACAAACAAAUUAGAAAUUGUACAGAUGAUAUUUUGUUUGCAGUCAUCAUGACAUGCUAACUGAAUGAUCUCCAAACCCCUUUUUAAGACUUCUUGCACAUUAUAGUAUUUGUUUUUACUAAUCCUGGCAACUGAUAUGCACAAAUGUUAAAGCUAAAUAUUGCUGACUAAUCAAGACUCAUCCCUGAAGAUGCAGACACGGAGUGAAACUUUCAUUAUGGACUUCAUUUUAGAAAUUCAGGACGUUGUGCUCUAAGUCGAGCUUGCUAGAUGAAUACGGCGAUCGGAAAGUGCGACUCAGCACAGCUAACACAUACUCUUAUAAGAAAGGUAUGCAUGUGUAACACCCAUGAUGCAUUCCUGCUUUCCUUGUCUACAAGUAAUGUCACUAACCUGCAGAAAUUUCUUACAUUUGUUUAAUUAUUUUUGCAUUUUUUUCUGACUCACCUGGAUUUUUGUUCCAGUGGAUGUCCCAUUUCAGGAGUAUGUGGACAAGUUUUUAAGGCCUCAGUCUGUGGACACACUUGGCAGUGGUGAGUUCAAAUUUAGUACAAUGGCAAAUUUUAUAUCUUUUACAUCUUAAAACAGAGAAUUUAUGUCCAGGGAGCAUCAGACAGUGUUUGUUUGGACCAGAAACUGAAUCUGGGGGUAUCAUCUGAAAAAAAAAAACCCAAAAUUGUAGAUUUUGACAAAUAUAUACUGAUGAAUAUGUUGGACUUGUUCAUUUUGUAGAGUGUCUUAUUUUUUUAAUGUCUCUCUUCUGUAGACACGCUGUAUUUUUUUGGAGACAACAAUUUCACAGAGUGGCAGAGUUUGUUUGAGCACUAUGAUUCUCCACCAUACGUCCUGCCUCGCACCAAUGGAGCAUACAGCUUUGGGAUUGCAGGUGAUUGUGAAUGAAAUAACUGAGCAUGGAGCUAUAUUAAAGCUGCCAUGGGGAGUUUUUUGUGAUAAAUACAUAAGAAUUGAUAAUAAUGCCUCCUCAUGACUGACGAAUGCAAACAAAUCCAUAGGGGAAUUCGAUUAUUUCUGAUUAUUACUUGUAGUGUCUAAAAGCACUGGCAGGGCAUCAGUGCUAGACAAGGUGAAUAAGUGUUUGCUACUAAAACAGCCAGAUUUCAAGUUUCAUAUAAGGGGAUUUUGAGGGACGGCACAUUUUCUAUAGUGAGAGAACAUGACUGAAGCCGAGUUUUGGCUUCUGCAUCAGACCUACACCGUACCUGUGCUGUAGGUGCAAAUACCGUUGAGUCCUACAUGCUUUUGUGGUGGAAUGUAUGCGUCACUCUGCAAUAUAUCACUGAAAUGCAAGCUGGUCGUGCAUUGUCUAUGCUCGUCAUGUCCUGAGUUUUAGUCCUGCAAUAUUCCUUCCUUGACGGUGUACAGGAAAUCAUGGCGACUGAAUACUAGCGUUAUAUACAUGAGUUGAAGCUGACCUGUGGUGCAGCAGUUAAUCAGACAAAUAAAGUUCAUCUUAUCUUAUCUAUUCUUACCUUAUCUUAAAUUAUAGCAUCAAGACAUUGUAGGAGACAAACUACAAAACCCAAUUCCAUUGAAGUUGGGAAAUUGUGAUAAACGUAAAUAAAAACAGAAUACAAUGAUUUGCAAAUCCCUUUUAAUCUAUAUUCAAUUGAAUACACUACAAAGACAAGAUAUUUAAUGUUCAAAGUCAUAAACUUAUUUUUUUUUGCAAAUAAUAACUCAGAAUUUCAUGGCUGCAUCACGUGCCAUAGUAGUUGGGACAGGGGCAUGUUUACCACUGUGUUACAUCACCUUUCCUUUUAACAACACUCAAUAAACGUUUGGGAACUGAGGAGACUAAUUGUUGAAGCUUUGAAGGUGGAAUUCUUUCCCAUUCCUGCUUGAUGUACAGCUUCAGUUGUUCAACAGUCCGGGGUCUCCGUUCUUUUUUUUUUUUACGCCGUAUUUUAUGCUUCAAAAUGCACCACACAUUUUUAAUGGGAGACAGGUCUGGACUGCAGCCACCCCUGUUGCUCGGAAAGUACCCGCACUCUUUUACUACAAAGCCACGCUGUUGUAACACGUGCAGAAUGUGGCUUGGCAUUGUCUCGCUGAAAUAAGCAGGGGCGUCCAUGAAAAAGACGUUGCCUGGAUGGCAGCAUAUGCUGUUCCAAAACCUGUAUGUACCUUUCAGCAUUAAUGUUGCCUUCACAGAUGUGUAAGUUACCCAUGCCUUGGGUACUAAUGCACCCCCAUACCAUCACAGAUGCUGGCUUUUGAACUUUGCGUCAAUAACAUGGUUCUUUUUCUCUUUGGUCCGAAGGGCACGACGUCCACUAUUUCCAAAAACAAUUUGAAAUGUGGACUCAUCAGACCACAGAACACUUUUCCACUUUGCAUUAGUCCAUCUCAGAUGAGCUCGGGCCCAGAGAAGCCGGCGGCAUUUCUGGAUGUUGUUGAUAAAUGGCUUUCGCUUUGCAUAGUACAGUUUUAACUUGCACGUAAAGAUGUAGCGACAAACUGUAUUCACUGACAGUGGUUCUCUGAAGUGUUCCUGAGCCCACGUGGUGAUAUCCUUUACACAUUGAUGUCGGUUUUUGAUACAGUGCCGCCUGAGGGAUCGGAGUUCAUGGGCAUUCAAUGUUGGUUUCUGGCCAUGCCAUUUACGUGCAGUGAUUUCCCCAGAUUCUCUAAACCUUUUGAUGAUAUUAUGAAAUCCCUAAAUUGAUAUUAUGAUGAUAUUAUGAAAUCCCUAAAUUCCUUGAAAUUGUACUUUGAGAAACAUUGUUCUUAAAUGGUUCGACUAUUUGCUCAAGCAGUUGUUCACAAAGUGGUGAACCUCGCCCCAUUCUUGCUUGUGAAUAACUGAGAAUUUUGGGGGAAGCUGCUUUUAUACCCAAUCAUGGCACCCACCUGUUCCCAAUUAGCCUGCUCACCUGUGGGAUGUUCCAAAUAGGUGUUUGAUGAGUAUUCCUCAAAUUUCUCAGUAUUUUUUGCCACCUUUCCCAACUUCUUUGUCACGUGUUGCUGCCAUCAAAUUCUAAAGUUAAUGAUUAUUUGCAAAAAAAUAAAGUUCAUGAGUUUGAACAUGAAAUAUCUUGUCUUUUUAGUGUAUUCAAUUGAAUAAAAGUUGAAAAGGAUUUGCAAAUCAUUGUAUUCUAUUUUUAUUUAUGUUUAUCACAAUUUCCCAACUUCAAUGGAAUUGGGUUUUGUUUAUGGCCAAUGAGGAAGCAGUGGGGGAACGGUGGCGAUACCAGAAAUGUCUGCCGGUUUGCAGGCAGGGGAAUAUGUUGCAUCAGAGAGAAGGGCAGAAAGUGUGCUUUAUGACUAAAAAGGUACGUGCUAAAAAAACAUUUAUGAACCGCACCUCCAGAGUUCUCGUUUUCUCAACAGAGGGUCAAGCUCUAAAGUCAAAUCCUUUAGAUAACAGGCUGACUAUUAAAAACUUCCUUAUAUAACCUCACUCAGAGAUAAAACAAACUUCUCUGAGGUGGUUUUCUUUGAUAGGUAAGGAUUACAGAAGAGGCACCAUCUGUAGCUGUGACCCUCAGAUCCACUCUUUUUCUUUGUCUGCAGGUCCUGGUACAGGAGUCCCCUUCCACUGGCACGGUCCUGGAUACUCUGAGGUCAUCUAUGGAAGAAAGGUGGUCCAAUAACAUCAUGCACAUGCUCUUUGAUAUGAUGCCUGAAAAAUAAAUACAGAAAAUUGUCCAUGUCUGAAAACUUUGUGGCUUGAAUGACCAAUUUAGUUGCAAUUGUACAGCGCUGGUUCCUCUAUCCACCUGAUCAAGAGCCUCAUUUCCAUCCAAACCGGACCACUCUGGCCUGGUUGAUGGAGACCUACCCCAACCUGCCAAAGGAUGAGGCUCUGCUGGAGUGCACCAUCAGACCAGGAGAGGUGGGAUUCAGUUUGCAACACCCCCUGUGAUGCUUAAUUAACUUACCAGCAACAUGGGGUGUUGAUUAUAGAUGAUCAUUAUUUAAAUAAAUAUAAAAUUAUUUGUCAGUUAAGUCCAACAUUUGUAGCAUGAAAGUAACAAGGACCUUCUUCAGCAUCUCUUUCUUAAGACAAUUCUCAGUUUGAAUUAAAAAAAAAAUUCUCUUUGACCUUUAAAACGAAUUAUACUGGGAAACUGAAAAAAGGCUGAAUUAUUCUUUUUGAGAUUACAUCCAUCAGCUCUUUAAAGCUCCUGUGAGAAACUUGGUUUGCAUUGAAUUCGGUGCCCGCUGAGGACAAAGUGAUACCUCAUAUGUCUGCUCAGGGUAGGAUCAGGUGCAUCUAGUUUGACAUUUAAUAGAAGACAAACUUAACAUGAAACUUCAGCUAACAACCAGAGUAAAUAAGAAUAAAAAUAAAAACUAGAACACAUUUAAAUGUGAAAAAAACUUGACCUAUGAUCCUCUUCAUGUACAAGACGAGUUUGCAGAUAAAAACUUCAUCCUGUCAUCUUUAAACCGUGAAAAAGUCUUAAAAGGCUUCUUUUUCCUGCUGUCAGUUAUCUGAUCUGACAUCGACUCCCCACAUUUGUUUCAGGGCAUCAGAAAUGACAACAGAGAAACCAUCCGCCCUGUUUGUUUUAAAGGUUAUCGGUAAUAGUUUGCCUUUUUCCUAACUAGUUAAAAUUCCUCACAGUGCCAGUGAAUGAUGGAUUAUAAAACCCUCUGUGUGAAUUCUGAACUUGAAACCAGCCGUUUUUAUUUACUUGGUUUUCAUCAAGUUCAGAGUUUGUUUCUGCCCCCUUAAUUUAACACAAUAGCUUUAAUCACAGUCAGAGCUUUUCAUCCAAGACUUUACAUUAUUGAAGCCAACAGAUUAUCGUUUCUCUCUAGGUGCUGUAUUUCCCUGACCGCUGGUGGCACGCCACUCUCAACCUGGACACCAGCGUUUUCAUCUCCACCUUCCUCGGCUGA